AUGACUAGCAAUAGCUACGGCGGCGGCCUAGGCAAACUCUUCGCGGAGCGUCUGAGAAAAAACGGUUCCUUCAUCCAACGCCUUGAUCUUGCCAUCAAAACAUCUAUCCAGCCAUCAGAGACUCUAGUCAAAGCACCGACUGGGUCGGACAACGUCCCAUCAACUGCAUCAAAUAUGGCCAAUGGGGAUCGAAGAAAACGCGCAAGUCAGCUACAACAGCGGCUUCAAAAGCCAUCAUUAAAGCAAAUACUUUCAAUGAACAUUGAAGAUAUGCCACAACUUGUCAUGAGCUAUGCCGGACCAGAUAGUAUCGACAAGCAACAGGAUGUUAUUCAGUAUUGUCUUCAACGAAUACUUCAAGGCCCGCGUCCAGAUCCUGAGUGUACUCUUCAGCCACGCAUAGAACAAGUCCGUAUACUUCGGCGCAUGAUAUAUGGAUAUAGCGACACUUUAUUCAUUGCCAGAACUGGCUAUGGAAAGAGCCUUAUUCUUCAAUCCUAUACAAUUCUGACAGGAAAGAUAACCAUUCAACUGGUUCCUCUAAACAAGCUUGGUGAUCAGCAAACAAGAGAUAUAGCACGGUUUCCCGGUGCCAAUCCUUGUCUGGUCAGUGCUGAUAAUCUCCAGGGGCAAGAAGACUUACUCAAACGCAUUCAACAAGGUGAGUAUACACAUAUACUGCUCAGUCCAGAGCAAGCUCUUUGCAAGCGAUUUCAGCAUGUUCUUCAAGACCCUACUUUACAAGAAAAGAUUGGGCUUGUAGCUAUCGAUGAGUGUCAUCUUGUCACACAGUGGAGUCAAUUCCGUAGUCAGUUUGCCAGGCUGGGGCACCUGAGAUUGCUUCUUCGUGAGGAUAUUGUCUGGUUUGGCUGUUCCGCAACCCUCAGCAGUAAAGCUGAAGAUAUCAUUCUUCAAGAGGCUGGAUUUCGUUCUAUUGGUGUAAACCCACGGCAGACUCAGGUUAUUCGAACUUCCAUUAACCGUCCUGAUAUCUUUAUCGGCGUACAUCCGAUUCCACGCGGUAAACUUGUAUCCUAUGAUAUGUUAUAUUUUUUAUUGAACGAGGCCAUUGAUACAGAUGGAAAGAUCAUACCUCAACACAUUUUAAAGACCAUUGUCUUUAUUGACAGUCAUGUCAAGGUUCAACAAGCAGUGCAAUAUUUCCGAUCAAUACUUCUUCAGAUCUGUCAGAAUAACAGGCAGAAUGUCAACAAUACUGACACCUCUUUCAUCAAUGACACCAUUCAGCAUUUCACAUCUCGAGUGUCUGAAGUGGAUCAGAAUAUUCGCUUCGAGGAGUUCAUGAAACCUAAGUCAAUGGUAUCCAGAUCAGAAUCGUGA